UUAAUAUUUUUCCUCCUCAACCCUAAACGACAUGAACCCGCCACUCCUCACACCCUGUCUCGACGGCGCUGCUUGUGAGGUGAAACGUUAGCUGCGUUGCAAAUUGAUUUUGCCAGCAAGUAUUGAGAUUUGAGAAGAGCUGAGAUACAGUAGCAGAGUGAAAAAAUGUGAUAGGAAUGUUUUUGCUGGGAAAGUGGCAAUGUUGCAAUUUCUUCAUACUAUUCAGCUUUUAUACCGAUUUCAUACUUAGCCAUUUCGCAUAUUCGUAUUAAAAUUAUUAGUUUAUAAACAUUUGAUUGAAACAGAGAGCGAGGUGCAGCCUUUUCAGUCGCUUGUCUGUCUAGGGCUCAUAGCCAAAACCGACCGCACCUGAAGUUAUCGGUAUCUGUUCGGUGUAUCAAGUAUUUCGGUUUCGGUUCGGUCACAUAUUUUGGAGAAUUUUGGUCAAUCGGUUUGGUUUUAACCUAAACCGAGCGGUGCUCUGCCCUAAUUGAUACAUUUGAGGAGGGUUGGAAUAUUUGAAAUUUAGAAUGGAGCCCCUAACAGUAUUAGUGGAUGAGCUCAAACGGCUCGCCACAACAGCGCACGACUUGGCUCACGGCCUCCUUAACUCUGGCCGCCGCCAUAGCCCGGAUCAGCUAUGAGAUGGGGCCUUACAACUAUUCAAAUGGUGUGAUUUACAGAUUGAUAUCUUGAAGCGGUUACAACGAGAAGCCUUUUCAGAUAUCAUGAAACUCAGGGAUAGGCAAGACAAGGUAGAAAGGCUACUAACUUUCUACAAAUCUUCCAAGGGAAGUCCAUUCCAGGAAUCCGGCACUCAUGUGAGGGGGAAUGUGAAUGUACUAGGGGCAUUCUUCGUUUUGGAUGAUGUUGACGAGCAUAAAUACGAUGCCAUUCAAAGAUCUGCUUUUAGAAAUGGUAUUGAUGCUAGGCUGAGAUUUGAAACUGGUGUAAGGGAGAAAGAUAAACUUGUAGCAGAAUUUUCUGCCAAUGGCAAAGGUCAAUGUGAUAUGCUGGGCGGUUCACUUUCGCUUGCAAAAAUUCUCUAUGCUGCACAUUUUAGUGAUUGGUUCUCUGCCGUUGCAAUACCAAUGGGCGCGCAAUGUGGAGAUGUUGCAUUCCCAACAAGUACUCAUCAAGAAAGAGGAGUAACUAGCUAUUCUGAUAGUGGACCUCCAUUUCUGUAUCAGCAUAGUGGCAGCGCGAUUGGUAUAGCCAUGACAAAAAUGAACAUUCUUGCGUCCAUGGCGCAGUUUGUAUCCAAUUUUUCCAUGCAGGAUAAUGCAGAUGGAUUGGGGUGUUCCUUGAGCACGUUUGGACAGAUUGUCUGGGAUGUCUCUAGAAACACGAAGCUCUCACUUUUGGGUGUGCACAGAGAGUCCAGGCCAUCAGGUCAAAAUAUCAACCUUGGAGCAUUGGCAUUCCCCCUCAGCAUAUUUAGACAUCACAGACUUUCAGAUACCUCUGCACAGGAGGAAGAUCUACCAAGACGUAACUCUAAUGGCUCCAUUGCUCUGAUGUUUAACUCAGAAAUUGAGGACAGUACAAGGAUCGGCGGCUGGAUAGAGACCAAAAACUCCUACCCCGGACACCUGCAGUGGGCUGUGACAAUGUCUGAUACUCCAGAAGAAGAGCUCGGAUGGGGUUUGAUCUUGGGCGGGACAUUGCAAGGUCCAAAACGGUUGGAGCAUUUUCAGAUGGAGACAUUCUUGAACAUGAAUUUUGGGAAAAGAUUUACACUGCGACCGGGUCUUGUAUAUGUGAAGGAUGGAGUAACCCAGUUCCCGGCCCUAACGAUCCAUUCCAGCUGGUCCCUAUAACUGUUGCUCGCCUUUUUGUGACGUAUAUUUCUCUUGUUGCCGACAAAAACAUGGAUUCUACAUGUGAGCCAUUGAAGUUAUGAUAGUAGUAGUUGUGAUAUUGGGUCAACUGUGUUUAUGGUUUCUUGUAAGUUGAAGCAAAACUAGUGAAGAGGUGAAGAUAUAGCCCAAUUUUAGAAAAGCCAGAAAAGGUAAUUACUUUUUAUAAUCUUUUUUUAUCUAGAGAUAAAAUGGGGUCUUAUUUAAAAAUUGUAAGUAGUUGAUUUAGAAUCAUAUUAUUGAAGAAAUAAAAGUGGAUAUAGUUAAAA